AUGUUGAAGCUCAUCAGAACCUUUAAGACUAAAACAAGUCCUUUAGUGAUUUCUGAAGAAAUUAAACAAGCAUUGAAUGAUAAGAAACCAAUUGUCUCGUUGGAAUCAACCAUUUUAACCCAUGGAUUUCCUUAUCCAGAAAAUUUAUCACUUGGUUUAGAAUUCGAAGAUAUCGUAAGAUCAAAUGGUGGAGUUCCUGCUACAAUUGCUUUCAUAAAAGGUGUCCCUCAUGUUGGUUUAUCAUCUGACCAAAUAAGCUAUUUGACUGAAAAUUGUAAAUCGGCUGUUAAAGUAAGUAGAAGAGAUAUUGGUCAUGUUAUGGCUAAUAAAUUGAAUGGAGCUACUACAAUUGCAUCAACCAGUAUUUUAUCAUCAUUAGCUGGGAUCUCUGUUUUUGGUACCGGAGGUUUAGGUGGAGUUCAUAGAGAAGGUCAAAUCACCAUGGAUAUUUCCAAUGAUUUAGUUGAAUUGGGAAGAAAUCCUAUUACUGUCGUAUGUGCUGGACCAAAAUCUAUUCUUGAUAUUGGUUUAACUAUGGAAUAUUUAGAAACCCAGGGUGUUUAUGUUACAACAUACAAUGACGAUGGCUCAGAUAAAGUUGAAAUACCAGGGUUUUAUGCAAGAAAAUCCGGUGUUAAAUCCCCAAAUCAAUUCACCGAUUUCAAGGAUGUAGCUGAUGUCAUUUAUAACCAACAAUUACUUGGUUUAGAAUCAGGUAAUCUUGUUUGUAUCCCUCCACCAAAGGACAUUGCCAUGGAUUCAGAUUUCAUCAAUAAGAUCAUUGAAGAUGCUAAUGAAGAAGCUAAGGAGAAGGGUAUUAAAGGUAAAGAUAUCACCCCAUUUUUGUUGUUGAAGAUUGGAGAAAUGACCAAAGGACAAUCAUUGGUUUCUAAUAGAGAGUUUGUCAAGAACAAUAUCAAAUAUGCAACAGAGAUUGCAAAGAACUUGUCAUCCUUGGAAUAUUCAUCAUUGCAACCAGUAGAUUUGUGCAGACAGUCAGAAAUCCCCACUGACGAAAAGGUGGUCGAAACAGAAAGUGUUACUAAGGAAGUAGACACUAUAGUGGUGGGAUCGGUGGCUCUUGACACGAUAAGCAAACUAGACACUUAUCACAUGAACGAUUCCAAUCCUGGUAGCACUAGAACAUCAAUCGGAGGUGUGGGACACAAUGUCUCUUUGGCUACUCAUUAUACUGGGGGUAAAAUACGAUUUGUCUCUAUUAUAGGAGAUGAUCUUACAGGUAAAUCCUUGAAGAACAUGAUCGAGGUCGACAACACCUUAUUUGAAAAACCAGGAUCAACUGCCAGUUACACUUCCAUUCAUGAUACUACAGGUGAAUUGGUAAUUGCUUGUGCCGACAUGAAGAUCAUAGAAACUGAUUUCUCCCAUGAUAUUAUACAGGAAUUGGAUAGAUACAAGCCUAAGAAUGUUGUUUUGGAUUGUAACCUUUCUGUUGAUACCUUGCAAAAGAUUAUAAACCAUGCGUCUUGCAAUUUAGUAAUCGAACCCACAUCAGUGGUCAAGUCCAAAAGAAUAGGAGAGCUUAAACUUAAUGUUCAUGAGUCAAUUGAAUUGAUCACCCCCACCAUAAAUGAGUUGGAAUCUAUCUACGAAACCCUUGAAUCACGAGAAAUGUUUGAUGACGAAUGGUUUGAAAUCAUUGAUAGUCUUGAACUUUAUAGAAUCAGAGAUAUACUUCAAGGUGGUAUGAUCAAAAAGUUAUAUGAUCAAGGUAUUGUUCAAAAGGCUUUUAAAUUGAUUCCUUUCUUCAACAAUAUUGUGAUCAAAUUAGGGAAAGAAGGGGUUCUAUGUAUCGGUAAUACCCAAUCAAAAUUUCUCCAAACCAAAUCACAAUUCCCAUUUUACAUUGAAUACCACCCAAUCCCAGAGCAGAAUGAAAAUUUACAAAUUGUGAAUGUCACCGGUGCUGGAGAUACAUUCCUUGGUGCUUUAAUGUCCAACUUGCAUCUCCCUUUGAAGGAAGCCAUCCAUAAAUCUCAAUUGUGUAGUGGAUUAUCUAUUACAUCUGAGGAUGCGAUAAAUUCUCAAAUCAGAGAUGUUUAA